CCGUCUUUGUCCUCUCAGCAGCCCAGCAGCUUGGUCUUGACGUAGAGAUCAGGUGACUACAUCUGCUCUGACGGGACUCUUAUAAGGGAGCUUUGAGCAGGUCCACUCAGUGUUCUCCUCGUCCCAGACCUGGAUUCCGCCUUCGCCGUGCAGUGAUUUUUUUUUUUUUUCCCCCCAAGAGGCGAAGAGGGUCCCUGUGACUCCUGUUCCUUCUCUCCCAAACUUUCCAGCUAACACUCGCUGACAAUGGGCGACUGGAGUGCUCUGGGUCGUCUGCUGGACAAGGUCCAGGCCUACUCUACUGCCGGGGGGAAGGUCUGGCUGUCAGUCCUCUUCAUAUUCAGAAUCCUGGUCCUGGGCACUGCAGUGGAGUCAGCCUGGGGAGACGAGCAGUCUGCCUUCAAAUGUAACACCCAGCAGCCUGGUUGUGAGAACGUGUGCUACGACAAAUCCUUCCCCAUCUCCCACGUUCGCUUCUGGGUCCUCCAGAUUAUCUUUGUGUCCACCCCGACGCUACUCUACCUGGCUCACGUCUUCUAUCUGAACAGGAAGGAGCAGAAAUUUAACAGGAAGGAGGAGCUGCUGAAAGCUGUGCAAAACGACGGCGGUGAUGUUGACAUCCCGCUGAAGAAAAUUGAGAUGAAAAAGCUCAAGUACGGCAUCGAGGAGCACGGCAAAGUGAAGAUGAAGGGGGCCCUGCUCAGAACCUAUAUAGUCAGCAUUUUCUUCAAGUCUAUGUUUGAGGUGGGCUUCCUGGUUAUUCAGUGGAUGCUGUACGGCUUCAGCCUGUCUGCAGUCUACACCUGCGAGAGGUCUCCCUGCCCGCACAGGGUGGACUGUUUCCUGUCCCGUCCCACGGAGAAGACUGUCUUUAUCAUCUUCAUGCUGGUGGUCUCGCUUGUGUCCCUGCUGCUCAACAUCAUCGAGCUUUUCUAUGUGUUCUUUAAGAGGAUCAAAGACCGUGUGAAGGGCAAACAGCCGCCCACCCUCUACCCCAGCGGAGGCACCUUGAGCCCCACCCCUAAAGACCUGUCCACCGCCAAGUACGCCUACUAUAAUGGCUGCUCCUCCCCGACGGCCCCGCUCUCACCCAUGUCCCCCCCAGGUUACAAGCUGGCCACAGGGGAGCGAGGAACUGGCUCAUGCCGUAAUUAUAAUAAGCAGGCCAAUGAGCAGAACUGGGCCAACUACUCCACUGAGCAGAACCGACUCGGCCAGAACGGUGGAGGAAGCACUAUUUCAAACUCCCACGCACAAGCCUUUGACUUCCCCGAUGAUACCCACGAGCAUAAGAAACUGUCCUCAUCAGCGGGACAUGAGCUGCAGCCGCUGGCGCUGAUGGAGGCCAGACCAUGUAGCCGGGCCAGUAGCCGAAUGAGCAGCCGAGCCAGGCCCGACGACCUGGACGUGUAAGCCCUGUUUCCUUCUCCCACCUUUGCCUGGCUGAUGGGAUGUGCGGCUGCAGCCAGAGAAUCAGGAAACACACUCACAUAGAUUCAUAAGAGAGGUUGGACUAACCUCGAUCACUGUCUUCAGCAUAAAGACUCUUAGUCGAUCAAAGAGACAUUACAACUUAUGUAACACUGUCAAAGGUACAAGUUGCAAAUAUUUUUUUUUUUUUUUUUUUUUAGUGAUGUUUACGAUUACAUUAUAGCGGAGUUAACCCAGCUGUAAGAGAACAGAACAGUCACAGGAACGGGGCAAGAGUCUAACAGGUGCCUCUUAGAACCAGUACGAUCAGUACAAGAACAGUGGAUGACACUGGUCAAGCUCUCAUUAAAAGAAAAUUCUUGUUUUUUCUUGUUUUCAUAAUUUUUGCUACUCUUUCUCUCGGUGACAUUAUUUUACUCACUACUUUCAUAACUGAGAUCUGAAGGUGUGGUCAUAGCUUUACAAUAGGUUGCCUUCUUAGUUGUGUCUUUUUAACAUCUGGCCAGAUGAACGGUAUCUUUGUGUUUUUAGGCUUUCUCUGGUGUAUUUACGGUGUUUUUUUUCUUCUUCUGUUGAUCAGCGAGCAUUGUCAAAUACAGUAAUGAAAGAAAGUAGAUUCCGGUAGGGCAAGAAAUAAAUCUCUCCCAGGACCAAGGACCCAGGACCUUAAUUUAUCUUGAUGAUCCAAACCACAUAUCGAGUGAUAUGAAGAAGUGAGUUGAGGGUUGACGCAAUUGGAUCCAUUCAGAUUGUAGGAAAUAAUUCUAAUUGCAGCCAUGGACAGUUCAGCACAACAAGCCCAAACAAACGAAUGUUAAGUUGACUUAAACUUCUUAGUUGAGGUUAUUAAUGGGGAAAAAAAAAGAAUCUGUGAGUUUUGGUUGGAAACAGGAUGUGAACUCUUCAGUCUUGAAGUCGCUUACUUUCAUUGAUGUCACACUACUUCCACUGACUUAAACGACUGGAACAGAUCUAUUGUUAAAGAACGCUUAAAAAUCACAUCGCAGUCCUAUGACUGUGUCCAACAACCAGUGCUAUUGUUUGGCAGGGGAGGACAAUGCCCUGCUUUAAUAGAAUCAUUGUGAUCUCUUGCAUGGGCGCGCUGUUAUAAAGCUGUGAGUGGCUCCUCAGCGCAGCAGGUGAAUGAGACGAUGGUAACACUGGCCGCGAGUGCCUCGACGUGUUUCCAUCGAAAGGUAGUUUGACUCGUAGCCACACUUGAAGUGAGUAGCUCUCACAGUUUGCUCAUGUAACAUAGACGAAUUUAUGUGGGAAUCAACAUUAUGAAUACAUUUUCACUACUUGACUGUCAUAACUGUCUGUUAUUGAAAUCAGAGUUUUUGUCUCUCAGUCAUGGCAAAGACAGAGUUAUUAUCCAGUGCCAUCGCAUUCACAAAUAUAUAUAUAUAUAUAUAUAUAUAUAUAUAUAUAUAUAUAUAUAUAUAUAUAUAUAUAUAUAUAUAUAUAUAUAUAUAUAUAUAUAUACACACACACACACACAUGUAAAGUAUUAAUAACCACUUGGUACUUCCUUUGUAUGUUACACAGUAAGUAAGGGUUAUGGGAGAAUGUUUAAUAUCGGUUAUAGUAAAUAUUUAUUGCUUGGCAUCUGUAGGACACCUACCACUAAGAUGAAAAAUUGACUACUAAACAGUAUAUCUAACUCACAGUAAACAACUUACAUUAAUCCCCACGAACUCUGUAUUUAUUGACAGGAUAAACAUUUUUCUUAGCUAAAUUUGUCAGUCAGUGUGGACUGUUGUUUCCUGAUAAACUUUGAAUUCAUGUGGUGUAAUGUUUUCAUUUUGUGCCUUUUAUCUUUGUCUAUUGAGGCUGUGUGAGAGUGGCAGGGCCGAGGGUUCAGGCUGCUGUGACGAAGCAAACUCUGAUCUGUUUUUUGCGUGGGUUCCAUAAAAGAAGGCUUUAUCACUGUCUUUGAUUCGACAAGUGUCUUCUCUUUCUUCAUCUUUGGGGUGGUAGAGAAAUACAGUAGAAUGAUUAUCUGUGUUUUACAUGUUUGAGAGGAUGAUUUUUUUCAUUCUGUAGGUAUUUUGUUGUUUUUCAGACUCGAUGUAACCAUUGCUGCUUGAGAAAUAGAUAUUUAGUACUGUAAAUCAAGCUGUCACAAUUAAAAAUAUGAGUUUUUAGAAGACUGCUUAUAGAUCUGGACUAAUAUUUAGUCAGUUAUAUUAAAAUAUAUGCCAAUGUAGCUCCACAAACCACUACCAAACAGUAGGAUAAAUUGCAAUUCGGGCUUUUAUUCUUUUUAUUGUCAUCUUUUAAAAUUGUCAUUCAGUUUGCCGGUACUUACAUAUGUGUUAUGGAUCUUCAUCAGCUACAAUGGCGUUUGCACUGAGAUCUUGGUGAAAGAGAUGUUAUAUGAUGCACAUAGUAAGUGGUAAGAGUUUUCUGAUACACAUGUUACUAAUUUAUUUUAUAACACUACAUUCACUACAGUGCAUAAUAUUGGACAUCUGACCCCUGGUCUCAUUGACUGGUCCUGUGACAGAUGUCUUCCAAUGACAGGAAAGGAGCAAAAGUCAUUUGUUGCAGCUAUUCAAACAAUGCUUAUCCAUGGGGAUCCACUGUUGUACAGUGUAAGUGCAUGAUAGCAAAACAAAAAGUCUUUAAUUGUAUCUGUGAAAAGCAAUUUUAACCAAUAAAUAUUUUUCUGUCUUCAUCAA